GGCGGCGGUUGCUGGUUCCAAGAAGACGGCGGCGCUGCGGCAGCAGGCGAGGCCGAGGCGGCUAGGCAGGGCGGGGUCGCUGGUCGCGGGCAGCCGGGUAGGCGAGGGCGAGCCGGCGAGACGGGAGCCGUCCAGCUAGGCAGCCACCGCCCGGAGCCGGGAGCGGACGAGGCAAGGCGGCGAGGCCGCCGAGCGGGCGAGCGGGGAGCCGCGAGCUGGGCUGCGAGCCGGUGAGCGCCCGCGGCCGCCGGCCGAGGUAGCGCCGCACGGGCACGGCCGCAGCGAGCUGCGAGCGGGCUAGCGGCAGCGGGAGCCGGGAGGGGGCGACGCCGCGACGGCCGACGGGCGACCGGCCGUCAGCGCCUCAGCGGCCAAGGCGGCAACGCCGGCGUCGCGGCGAGCCGGCGAGGCGAGCUGCAACCUGCAGCCAGCCAUCCCCGUCCUGCGUCCAGGUCUCGAAAUGAAAAGGAGGAGGGGGCCUGCUGUUGAUCUGAAGGCAUUUUUGGAAAGACGUGAUUCAAAGAAGACAACUCAAAAUGAAAAUCGAGGUGAAACUCAAGGUGAGGACAAUCUCAAUAGCAACCCUUCUUUUGAUCACAGUCAGAUGCAAUUGGUGGUUUAUCAAGGUAAUAAUGAGAAUGUGAGAGGUGGUGAGACAAGCACAUUGCCACAAGAUCCAGAUAUUGGUGACAUUUCUAUGUCAAAUGGUGAAUCUGAAUCUAGUGAUGAAGAUAAUCAUGGUGGCAUAUAUGGCAUAGAGCGUGAUCCUGCAAUGAGGACCCCCAAUCUCAAGAUAUGACAUUAAUGAUCAAGAUUCUGUUAGAAGGGCAUAUAUUGCAUUGGGGCCAUGUCAACCAAAGAUGAAGGCGACAGAUUUUCCGCAACAGAAUUGUGGAGGUAUGCGUCACUUUCUACUAAAAUGGUUUGAUGAGUUCAAAUGGCUUGAAUAUAGUGUGCAUAAAGAUGCUGCAUAUUGCUUUGUGUGCUAUUUAUUCAAAGAUUGUGAUCAUGGUGGAGAUAGUUUUGUUAAUGGAGGGUUUAGAAAUUGGAACAUGAAAGUUAGAUUCUAUAAGCAUGUUGGUGCUAUUAAUAGUGCUCAUUGUGAAGCUGAAGAGAAAUACAAUUUGUUUAUGAAACCUAAAUCAUCCAUCUGUGAGUCAUUUGCAUCAAAUACUGCACAAUACAAGGCCCAAUAUGAAGCUCGCUUGACAUGGUCACUUAAAUGCAAAAGAUUCCUUCUGUGCGACAGGGGUUGGCUUUUCGUGGUCAUGAUGAGUCAAAAAAUUCAGAGAAUAGGGGGAAUUUUAGGGAGCUUUUGCAAUGGUUGGCUGGGAACUUUGGAGAAGUUAAUAAGGUGGUUCUAGAAAAUGCACCUGCCAAUUGUCAGAUGAUAGACCACAAAAUUCAGAAACAACUCAUUGCAUCAUGUGCUCAUGAAACAACUAAAUUCAUCAUAGAAGAACUUGGUGAUGAGUGUUUUGCAAUUCUUGCUGAUGAGUCCAGUGAUGCCUAUCAACAACAACAAUUGGCUCUUUGUUUAUGUUUUGUCAAUAAAAUAGGAGAGCCCAUUGAGCGGUUUCUUGGUUUUGUCCAUGUUGAAGACACCACAUCAUUGACUCUUAAAGAGGCAAUCAAGUCUUUGCUUAUUAAAUACCAAUUGCAUUUAGCCAAGGUACGUGGACAAGGAUAUGAUGGUGCUAGCAACAUGAAGGGUCAUGUCAAUGGUUUAAAGCAACUAAUUAUGGAAGAGUCCUCUUCUGCUUAUUAUGUUCAUUGCUUUGCUCAUCAGCUUCAACUAACUCUUGUAGCAGUUGCUAAGGAAAACACUGAUUGUGCCUGGUUUUUUGGGCAACUUGCUUAUUUGUUGAAUGUUCUUGGGAUGUCUUGUAAAAAGAUUCGUAUGCUUCGAAUAGCUCAAGCUGAGUAUAUGAUUGAGGCAUUGAAAUUGGGUGAUAUUGAAACUGGACAAGGUUUGAAUCAAGAGAUGGGCCUAGCAAGGCCAGGUGAUACAUAUUGGGGAUCUCAUUAUAGAAUUGUAAUACAUGUUAUGUCUCUUUAUCCUUUUAUCAAGAAAGUGCUUUUUAGAGUUGGGAAAGAGAGUAAAGGGGCUGAGGCUAUAGGAGCUCAAACUAUGCUAGAAGUGUUUGAAUCAUUUGAGUUUGUUUUCCUUUUGCACUCGAUGAAUGAAAUUUUUGGACAUACAAAUGACCUUUGCAAUGCUUUGCAAAGGAGGGAGCAAGAUGUGGUGAAUGCAAUGGAUCUUCUGGAGUUUACAAAGGUAGAAUUAGAUAUUUUGAGAGAAGAUUAUGGAUGGAAAGAAUUUCUUCAGAAAGUCACUUCUUUUUGUGUGAAGCAUAAUGUUAAGGUUAUUGAUCUGGAUGCUAAGUAUAAGCCUAUCCAAAGAGCAAGGAAGUUCUACAAGGAUGCAUUUAAUUACCAUCGAUUUCAUGCUGAUAUGUUUUUAGGUGUUAUUGAUAGGCAACUUCAAGAGCUUAACAACAGGUUCGAUGAGGUAAACACAGAGCUAUUGAGGUGUAUGGCAUCUUUUAGUCCAACCAAUUGUUUCUCUGCUUUCAAUAUUGAGAGUUUAGUUAAGCUUGCUGGAUUCUAUCCUCAUGAUUUUACUUCUGAAGAAAUGAACCAACUCCCAUUUCAACUGAACCGCUAUUUCAGUGAUGUAAGUACAAAUGAAAGCUUCACAAAUUUGAAAAGUCUAGCAGACUUAUCUAAGAUGCUUGUUACAAUACAGAAGAUUGUUCGAUAUGAUCUCAUUUAUAAACUUCUCAAAUUAGUUCUUGUUCUCCCUGUUGCAACUGCUGGUGUUGAGAGGAUCUUUUCUUCCAUGAAUUAUAUCAAGAACAUGUUGAGAAGCAAGAUGGGCCAAGAAUAUUUGAAUGAUUGUUUGGUUCCAUUCAUUGAAAGGGAAUUUUUCUUGCAAGUAAAGGAUAAGGACAUCAUAACAUAUUUUCAAAAUAUGGAGCGUCGCAAAGUUGUUCUCUAAAUGAUGAUUGUGGAGGAGAUAGAUCGAUCGGUCGAGUCGUCGCUGAACAAACUACGGGAAUGGCGGGGUGCCAUCAGCACAGAGAUCGAGGCAAAUACGGCACCCAGAGGUGGUCAUGUUGUCUGUCCCCAGGGUGAGGCUGAGGCCGACAUGGAGCUAGCUAGGCAAGGCUUAGCCAUGGCGAUAAGAUUCAUCGGGUUCAGUUGUUCUAUUAAAAUUACGAUUACACUGGGUGGUGAUUUUUGUUGCAACUUCGCCUCUCUCUUCUUCGGUUAACUAGCUACUGUCGCUGUAGGCUUGUGGCAGCUUAAUUGUUUUUCAAUUGAUCGGUACGAAAAAA